ACCUAUUUAUUUUACUUCUAAAUGAGUAAUGUCCUGUAAUGUCUCUGUGAUAGUGAAUUUUAGUGAAAUUCACGUGAAAUUAGUGAAAAGAAAAAGUGUUUACUCGUCUGUUUAUAGUGGCUGGGGUUAAUGAUUAAUUCUUAAGUGUCUAUUGCAUUUUAAGUAAAAUGUCCGAAGACGUGUCUUAUGUGUCGGUUUGCUAUUUCACGAAUGACGCUUUAAACAUUCUAAAUCGUCUGAACACAAGGAGAUUAUUCCCCAGUUAUGGACCAGGUAAACUGCCCAGGGAUUGGAGAGGCUUAGCCAACCUAAUAGGAAUAACAGCCCAAGACGCUGAAAGCAGACAUGAGAACAUGGUGAAGUGGAUUCUGGAGACUUGGCUCCGGAACGAAAAGGAGGCAGCUGUGGUGCACCAACUGUUCCGGCACCUGGAGACCAUUGACAGAUAUGACAUCAGGGACGAUCUGCAGAACCUGGCCAAUGUUAACAGACUUGUGAACACAGAACAAAACUGGACCACAGAGAACCGAGUGGUGCCCCACUGUCCUGUACAAGAGAAUGACCAGCUGUUAACUAUGGACGAUGUGGACCAGGGGGCUCCGGUGGAGUAUGACGCGCUGGUGCUGUACGCUGCCGAUGACCAAGAUUUUGUGGAUGUUAUGAUCAGCAAUAUGUCGGAGAUUGGAUUCAAAUUAUUCACAAAGCACAGCCUGCGUCCCGGCGCGAUCCCCUACGGGCCCAUGACGGAACUGAUCAGCUCGCGAUGUCGCCACACCAUCCUCGUCUACUCGCCCGCCUUCUUCAACAGUUUAGACGAUCGGUUCUACACGGAGUAUGUCCACGCCAGGAACAUAGAGAAGAAGCACACCCUGAUCCCGUGCGUGUACCGCGCGUGCACGCUGCCGCCGCAGUUCCGCUACAUAUUCGCGCUGUACGUGUCCUCCUCGGCGUACAACUUCUGGGACCGCCUCGCGAGGUCCGUGGACGCCGGGCGGACGCCUAGGCUACUCCCCCCAAAUCCCACAAACUCAGUGCGAAUCCAGGAGGUGACCAGUGGCAGCCAGUUGAAGAUCACCAACGGUCAGGUACCCAACGGAGUACCCACCAUCCAGGUCAACGGUCAGCCUAACCAUCAGUAUGUUACUCAACCUAGCAGCCACAACCAAGCUAGUAUCCCUUCAGAAGGUGUGUCUCAUAAUACUAGUGCUAUAACUUUGCCAGAUGUACCUUCUAUUUCCCUGUCGGUUUCUGUGACAUCUCUGUCUUCGUUAGACUCACGGAGAACGGAAAGCGCCUCUCUCAACGAUUUAACCACAAAGAAAAAGAAGAAGAGUUUUUUUAAAAAGUUGUUAAAGUUUCCUAAAAAGAAGAAGGAAGUGUUACUCACUACGAAUUGAGUGCUUAGACUGUGUGGUAGGAAAAAAUUUUGUCGGCAUAAUGUCAUGCUGUUUAGGCUAAUGGAAAUUAUAGAACGACUUUUCAGACUGAACGACAAAAGAUGAAUUUAUAUUAUUUUUAUUACACAAUUAAAGUGCCUUUAACUUUAAACACUAUUUAUAAGAAAAAGCAGUUACGUCCACUGAAAAAGACGAUUGCAGUGCAUCAAGAAGUGUUAAAGUUGAUUGAAGUGAAAAGUCACCUCUGCUCAACUGAAGGGCAUAAUUCGUGUCAUUCCAUUCAGAGAAUCUUGAACGUAGCGAGGGACUCAAAAACACGAAAUGUAAAAUAACUUUGCUCUCGUGUUGCACAUAUAAUUUUUUACCUCAGUAGUGAGAACAUAUUAAAGGUUUAAAUGUAUUUCGAAUUACACAGAAUAAUUCUAUUUCAAUUAUUUAAUUGAGACAGAUGCCCAUAUCAUUAAAUUAAUCUUAAUAUGCUAAUGUUAGUAAAUACACAUUAAAUUAAAAAUAAAAAUAUACAUAACAUUUAAUUAUUUACAUAAUGAAGACUGCCACAUUCCAAACACUACCGCUGUGCAGUCACCAUCAGAUAUAUCGGAGCGGCC